GCGAACGUUUCCCGCAACGAGUGUCGCACUUGAUCCUUGCCUCGCCCGCAGGCGUGGGAGGUAUACGGACGCCCGCUCCUUCAUCACAAGAACAAAGUGGAAAUCCGGAAAGAAGCAAUGCUGGUGCAGACACGACUAACAUGAUACACCAUGGAGGAGCCCGAGCCUCCGAUCCAAAAAAUGGUCGUGAUAAAGAUGGUGAUGGUGUACUUGUUGAACCUAGCGAGAAGAUGAAUAUUCUCCAGGAAACUAAAGACUCAAAUCGAAUGAGCCAAAGCCUUGACAAGGAGGCGUUGCACAAUUUGUUUCUUCGCACCCUUGCUGAACUUCAAUACAACUUUUUUCCAUCGUUUUCAUCCACCUCGACUUCCUCCACCUCUAUCUCCUCUUCCACAACGUCGCCGCCGAAGAGUAUGGCAGAGCUAUCCUUUCCCUUGCGUGGCUUUUUCUACGUCGUUGAGCGAACCCUUGGGCGUGCCUGGAAUGAGCGAUGGGCGUGGCCAGCCGUUCUUUUUCGUCGCUUGCCAGAAUCUAUAGGGCGUUGGCUUCUGCGGCAUUUCGUUGGACGAAGGUUCCGAGAUAAUGGACAAUGGCUUAUUUUAGAGAGUGCUGAUACCAUUGGUGGAGCUGCCACUGCCCCGAGCAGCACUUCCAAAGAGGUAAAAACGAUUACGACCGGUUCGUCGGCCAAAAUAAUGAGCGAACAGAUUGAUGUCUACCCUGCUACUCCUUGUCCUUCGUCGUCGUCGUCCAAAUGUGUAGUCACGACGACCUCCUUGGCGACUUUUCAAGCCGACGACGAAACAAGCAUCUGCAGAGGCCGUGGCUUUUCACGGGAUAACUUCGCCGACUAUAUGUUCGAAAAUUUUUGUGCACCUCCAAGCGCCGAACUUUGUUUAUUUACCCUCCUCGAACUGGGUCCUUGGGGACGCCGCCC